AUGUCUUCUUCCAAUGUAGAGGCACAUUCAUAUCAAGAGAACAAAAGGGGUCUACCUGAUAUCCUCGAACCCUCAUUUGAUCUGGAUGGACCGACUAGGGCUUUUCAUUCCUACAAAAAGACAAAGAGAGAUCCUGUGUUCCAUUCAGGGACUCAAAGCCACGAGAACUCUGAUCAUGGCGGAUCAUUCGCUGCUGAUCCAGAGUUCGACUUGCCCCCUAUCUCACUAUCCAAUUCAUAUAUAGGAACACGGAAUGAUUCUGGAUAUAGCAAUCUAGCAUGCUUUGGGCUUAUUCAUAACAUACAAACUAAGCUCCUCGAUACCACGACACAGGAGGUUUUUGGGAGUAAUGCCAUCGACACUAACUCAAAAGAUGCGCCCUCGUUCAAGCUUCGCUUUCAGUCUGAUAGUGAGAUUGUUUGUCUAACCACCUCCGCUCUUGAUGAAUUAGAUUCCCAUGCAGAUUUUGCAAUUCUCAAUGAGAAGACCGGCCGAGUACUUUGCCAGAUGAAGAAUCUAGGUUGUCAUUUUGAGACACUUCCUUCAACAGCUGAACUCAAUCAUGAAUUAGCAGCCGAGAGAAAGAUGUAUAUUUAUGUUGAUGUCACAGUGGCUGGUCCUAAAAAUAUAUGUAAUGCCGUUGGUACACUGUUGUCGACCGCAAAAUUUUACUUGCAGCAUCCUGAGACGACACAAAUCGAGAAAUAUGCCGAAUAUCAAAACCCCCAUUUCUUGACGUUCGAUAAGGCACCUAGGAGCAUGAUUAUGGAAAGUGAACGGCCACUUGCUAUCAAUUCGUCAAACGAAUAUUCUCUGGGCGUCGAUAUAGAUGCUAAGGAGGAUAAUCGACUUCAACCAAAACUUCACAAGAAGGUCACAAAGAUUUUGAAUUCAUUGACAAGGGGUCAGAACCUGAAAAGAAUCGAGGCAAACAUCAAGAUAAUAACACCCCUUCUGCAACACCAAGCAGAAGCACUAGACUUCAUAGCGCAGAGGGAAUUUGGUUCAAUUCCCGAUGAAUAUUCUUUGUGGACUCCGCAAAGAUACGAAAACCAGAUUUGUAUUAUGCAGACAUCCAAAGAAGCCGAGGACUUCUUUGAUAGUUCCCCUCGAGGCUUUGAGCACGACAAAAGCUUCAAAUACAAGGUUCGUUCAAGAUCGACACUCGUUAUUGUGCAAACAUCUUUACUCAUCGAUGGAUGGAGAGAGGAAAUCGCCAAACACUGUCGGGGAUAUGUGAACAUUAACAUAUACCAUGGUCGUGGGCGCGAGACAAGCCGUAAGCCCCUGAUCAAUGCGGAUAUCGUACUGAGUACAUAUGAUACAAUCUCUGCGGAAUCACUAGAUCCAGAAAGUCCAGUCUAUGGUAUUGAAUGGUUCCGUCUUGUUCUUGACGAAGCUCAUAGGAUUCGCAACAUGAAGACGAAGCUAUUUCGAGCAAUGAGUCAACUUUCUGCAAACAUAAGAUGGUGUCUGACAGGUACCCCUAUUCAAAACAGUUUGGAUGACCUCGCGGCGUUGGUUUCUUUCGUUCGUUCCUCGCCCCUAGAUGAACUUCCAGUGUUCCGGAAACACAUCAUAAAUCCACUUCUGAAAGAAAAGGAUGAAGGAGCUGUCAAUCUUCGAACAUUGCUCGACUCAAUAUGCUUACGACGUACCAAAAAGUUACUAAACCUACCAAGUGUAGUAGAGGUACAUCGGCCAGUCUACUUCUCUUUCGAGGAAAAGUCGCUGUAUGAUUUGACGCAACGAGAGGAAAUACAGGCCGUGAAACAACAAGAUAGUCAAGGUAGGAAUAAAAAAGGCUACUUUGGAAUCUUCCAACUGCAACUACAACUGCGGCGAAUUUGUAAUCAUGGCACAUUUCUCAAGAGAUGUUCUUCGAUUUCUCAGACUGAUACGCAGUUUGAUCCUGAGCAAGCCCUUGGACUACUGCAAGAGAAAAAGGAGUCUAGAUGCCACGAUUGCAAUGUAGAGAUCGAAGGCCUCGGCAGUAGUGUCAUCCAUCGUGGCCGCUUCACUACUUGUGGACAUCUUUUAUGCUUUGAUUGUGUUUCAAGAUACAGGAACUCCCUCAUUCCAGAUAAAGAUGAUUUUCACUCACGUUGUUCAAUUUGUAGCCAGAUACUUAUCAACAAUGUUUGCUUUGCCGAUGAGGUCGGAAGCACACGCAAGGCUUAUUCAUUGACAACAUCAAGCAGAUUCGAGAGCACUGGGAUCGCCUCCAAAAUGAAAGAACUGCUGAAGGAUAUAACCCGAAAUCAGACAAGAGGGAAGAGUAUCAUAUUUUCCUGUUGGACUACAUCUUUAGACCUUGUUGGGCAUCAUCUUAAGCUCUGCGGGCUACCUUUCGAACGGAUCGAUGGCAGUUGCACCCGUGCACAACGAUAUGACAUCCUACAAAGAUAUACCGCAGAUGAAACUAUACGGAUACUCAUAAUGACAACUGGGACAGGGGCAGAGGGUCUCAACAUUACCGUCGCCAAUUAUGUAUACAUACUGGAGCCACAGUGGAAUCCAAUGGUUGAAGCUCAAGCGAUCGCUCGGGUUCAAAGAAUUGGUCAAAAUAGGGAUGUCAAGAUUUUCAGAUAUAUUGUAGAGGAUACUGUGGAAAAGGGUAUUCAAGCUCGACAAUCGAGGAAGCUGGAUUAUGCAAGAAUGGGGUGGACCGGAGACGAAUUGGAGCUUCCAGAUGAUUCUACAAGCACAUCCAAUGGUGGAUGA